UUCCGAAGCGCAACUGAGGUUUGAGUCGGAAUUCCCUUUAGAGGUGAAUUUCCUCAGAGGAACACCCUCCCCUCCUUUCAAGGAUAUGACAAGAACUCCAGCCAGUGGUACUUGCCUAUUGCUCUACGAACCGCAAAGCUUUUAUUUGCUGGGCACUGAGCUUGUUUGAGAAGAAUCAUAUCCCAGCAACCGGGUUCUUGUCGAUGCGAAAUGACUCAGUUGAAGCAAGAAAGUUGAGACGUUUGACAACUUGGCAGGAAGGAUUGGCCACCACCUUCUCUGCCCUUUUGAGAUGGGGUUACAAAAGUGUGGCGGCUGCCUCAGUUGCCUGUUAAUCCCCCUAGCACUUUGGAGCAUUGUUAUAAAUAUCCUGCUCUAUUUUCCUGAUGGGAAGGCUCUGUAUGCUUCCAGCAACAAUCUCACCAACUAUGUGUGGUAUUUUGAAGGAAUCUGUUUCUCUGGUAUUAUGAUGCUUAUGCUGGCAGCACUUUUAAUAUUCCUGGACCGAGACACCUUCCAAAAAUGCUGCCCAAGUGAAAGCUGCACCAGGACCUACAGGCGCUUCAUUUCAGUUGUGCUUGCCCUGCUAGGCAUCGCGUUCUCUGGAUACAGCCUGAUCAUAUCUACUUUGGGUUUAGUGCAGGGCCCAUACUGCAGAACCUCUGCUGGCUGGGAGUAUGCCUUCAAAGACACUGCAGGACGCUACCUCACGGAUCACGCCUCCUGGUCCGAAUGCUCCGAACCUGCCUAUGUAGUGGAGUGGAACAUCAUUUUGUUUUCUAUUCUGAUAGCUCUUAGCGGCCUCCAAAUGUUGAUCUGCUUUCUGAAAGUGAUUGCGGAGCUAAAGAGGAUACUUUGUGGGACCUAUUCUGUCUUUGUUCAGCCUGCACUGAUCUAACAUUCAU